GCGCCUAGCUGCAGAGAGAGGCUCGCAGAGCCGAGGAGGGUUCAGCCGGCAGCUGGGCGCGGGCUCCAAAAAGCAGCCAGGGAGGCUGGGGUGGAGAUACCGCGCACGCUCUGGAUGUGACUUUUCUGCCCACUGGCCGUGUCACCUGGUCCCGCUCUGGGUCUUGGUGAAGCUUCAGAGAGUUGGUGUAGAGAGAGAUUUUUGUUGUCCUUCCUCUUCUGACCGCCUCAAUGUGAACAGUGCCGACAGCCGACAAGCUACAUUUCUCAGUUUAAUAACAAUCACUUCUGCUGCCCUACCCUUGUGUCCGCGAAGCUGGGGACUCCAGGUUAGGGAUGCACCAACGAGGCUGUCCCUCAAGAUGGUGAUGAGCGUGGAGAGACUGUGUCUAAGACUGGUCCAGAGAGGGUGCACUCAAGUAAUGCUGCUGAAGAGACAAGCAAAGCAUGUGGCAUCCUCCUGAGAGCCAUCUACCGCACAGACUACGACUACCUUGGGACCUUGCUCUUAGGACUUUCGUGUCAUCUGACUAAAACUUGUGUGGAGCCCAAAGACUUUUUUUUUUCCCCACCAAAUAAGAUAGUGUUUCAUUUUUGCAUCCUGUAAUCAUCCUGGUUAUAAUUUGAGCUGUUUUUCCCUUGAGAACCCCAAGCCGCAUUUGUUACUGUUCUUUUUGUGUACACUUCUCUCCAAAAUGAUUGACUUAAGCUUCUUGACAGAGGAGGAACAAGAUGCCAUUUUAAAGGUUCUACAGCGGGAUGCUGCCCUGAAGAGGACUGAAGAGGAGAGGGUCAGACAUUUGCCUGAAAAAAUUAAGGACGACCAACAACUAAAGAAUAUGAGUGGCCAAUGGUUUUAUGAAGCUAAGGCAAAAAGGCACAGGGACAAAAUCCAUGGUGCUGAUAUCAUCAGAGCAUCCAUGAGAAGGAAGAGGCUCCCAGUGGCAGCAGAGCAGAAUAAAGACACAGCAGCAAAGGCAAAGGAGAGCUGGGUGAAUAAUGUCAACAAAAACGCUUUCCUUUCCCCAGACCUAGCUGCUGUGGAGGAGCCAGAAGACGACACAGCCCCAGCAGGCCCAAGCUCCAGUGGGGUGGAUCCAGCUUCCAGCCAGAUUGAUAUGUCACAGGAAAAUACAAGGAAUCCAGCUGUGUCUCUGCUCAAGCAAAGGAAGAAUCCAUUUAACAGCUCCAAGGUGCCAGAAGAUCACUCACCGCAACAAACCAAAAGCGAGCAGUCAAAAACUGGAAAAGCUGGUUUCUUUCAGAUUUCAAAAGAGGGUGAACUGUCAGAAUCAAAAGAAAGGCUAUCGAUCCCAGAUAGUUCAAGUCAAAAGUUAGAGAAACUAAAGCAAUCUGCAUCCGUGGAGCCUGAAAAUGGGUCUCAAAGCAAAGCCCCAGUCCCCAAAGCCAGAAAGCUGAUGUACAAAGCAAAUGACAUAAAGAAAGAUGAUAACCAGUCUUUUCUUAGACAAAGGAGGGACUCCCUGAAUGCGAGAGGAGCUCCAAGAGGGAUCCUAAAGCGCAAUUCCAGUUCCAGUAGCACAGACUCGGAAACUCUCCGUCUAAAUUACAACUUUGAUCCAAAAAGCAAGACCGUAUCACCUGGCCUAACCAUCCACGAGAGGAUUCCCGAGAAAGAACACUCUUUCGAAGACGACUCUUCCACCAACUCACUGGAGCCAUUAAAGCAUGUGAGAUUUUCUGCGGCGAUGGAUGAACUUCCACAGACUCCUAGACCCACCCUUGGCCAGGAGGUAGGAGAAUUUACUGUUUUAGAAGCCGACAGCCUGCAAAAUGGAACCGACGAUGCAGGGGACACAGAUGAGUGUCAGGAUCGCCCAAAGCCCUCCCACAAAACACUGUCGUCACCAACGUCAAGCCCAAGAGUUUCAGAAAGGGAAGCACACCAGCGGAUGGCUGCUGGGUCCAUUCCAGGUGAAGGGACCCCUGGCCACUCAGACAUUCUACCUGCAAGACCACAGUCUGUGGAGAGUUCGUCCAUCAUCAGUGAAUACCAAGAUACUCCAUCAUAUUUAACAAAGCGUGAACCAGAAUUCUCCAAAAACCCUGUGGAUGAACUGCCUCAGUGUGUUGAGCCUGGGCCAUCUCAGACAUCAGAUCACAGCCUUAGAGACCGUCGGCAAGGUAAGCCCUUUCUCAUGGCUCUCAAUGCUCAGACAUCCUCACACUCGGGUCCAUGUGCUCCUGAGAUAAGAAAGACAGCUGAUGAUUCCAUAUCUAAAGUCCUAGACUGGUUUAACCGAAGUUCUCAUACAGAGGACAGUACGUCAUCUCUCCAGCAUUUCCAAGAAAUAGAUCUCAGACAGCAAACAGACUCAAAAUCACAGAUUACCGUCACCUCGAUGACAGACAACCCCCGUCUCAAAGAAGAUGACUCAAAGGUCCCACCAUCCAUUAAGAUUAAGUUGAAGCCUGUUAGGUCUGAUUUGACAUUCCAAGAAGAGAGAGAUAUGCUACUUUCUGAAACGUACCAAGACAGUGAUACAUUUCUCAAAUCUAACUCUGAGAAUGUGUCCCAACAAGGCACCCCUAAGGAAGGUCCAGCUAUCCUGCAACCAUUAGAAAGCUCCAGAAUCCCAAGUCACAGGAGUGAACACAUGGAGUAUGGCCAAGGUUCAGAGAGCACAGCAGAAAGUGAUAGGACACUUGUUGCAGCCUUGUGGGCUCUGAAAAGACCUGAUUCAGAAGCUCAGGCCCCAUGGCACACUAAGCACACCAGCAGCUUAGGAAAAGAGGACCCCAAAUUUCAUAUGCCUCAAAAGAAUAAGGGGAACACACAGGUGAAUGCUGACUCUCCAACAAAUGUUCCAGGCUCAAAUUUGAAAGGCGAUACAGAGAGGAAGAGCAAAACCUCCCCGCUAAAGCCUUCCCUAGCGACGGAGAGUAAUGAGUUGCCACUCGGGACUGCUGACAAUGGGUCUUCUUGGAAGAAGGCUGAGGGCCAAGCAGAAGCCAGUGAGGAUCCCAAAACCCAAGUGCUGAGAGAGAAAUACAGGCGAGUGAGUGACAGAAUAUCCUUUUGGGAAGGAGGAAAAGCUGGUGCUAAAAUAAAGGCACGUGAACUCACAUCUUCUUGCAGCCAGGAGCCAUCUUUUGCUACAGCACACCAGCCUGUGACGUCACAAGUCAUGCCCCUGGGCAGCUUAUCUUCAGAUCAGAGAGACUAUAGUCAAGUCACUGCUAAACGAGUGGUCCUUGAUGAGAAUGACCAAAUACUCCAUCUCUCCAGUUUUCAUUCCUCAAGUAAACCUACAAGAACCAGAGCCCCAAUAUCAGGUUCAUCCAAAAACCAUCCUUCAGCUAACCAAUCAGAUAAUGUGUCUGUGUUUCAAAUUCCCGGGAAUGAAAUGCACCCUUCUUUGGAGAAAGAUAGAUUUGUAAUUGGUAAAUCAAAUGCCAACUUUAAAGUUCUGUCCCUAAGAGAAAGAAUGGAUGAACCCAAUACAGAGCAAGUCUAUACUCACUCUCAGUUUGAGAAUUUGAGAAAGUUCUGGGGCCUGGGAGCUAAUCUAAACAGUAAAGAUAGUGGUGGGAAUAAUACUGCAGCAAACAAACAAAACUCUGUGCUGUUUAAUAGCCAGAAAUCCAAGGAGUCUGACCACAUGAAAUCAUCAAGAGAAAAUACCCAAGAAGAAGAGGAAAAAAGAUGUUUAAGACAGGGAAAUGAUACAGCAGUGGAAGAGAAGGAGAAAUCAAACUCAAAGUGCACACCCCAAGUGCCAGCAGAUGCAGCCUCAUUUCCAGAGAAACCACCCAGGAAGUUCACUUAUCAGUGGGUAGGAAGUGAGACUUCAGAGGAUACUGUAGGAAAGACUAUGGGAUGUUCUGUUACUCCAGAGAUUAAAAAGGCUUGCCCAGAGCAAGAGAUUGAGGAAUCUAUAGUGAAAGCAAGCGUUUUGCCUAGAGUCUCCAAAGACACACUCAAUCAUGGGUUACAGAAGUUGCUGGCAGAAGCCGAGUCACCAACAAGCCAGACUUUUGGCAAGCAAGUUCAUGGACAGCAGGCACUCAAAGGAGGUGUUUCUGAAAAUAGGGCAUGGCCUCAAAAGAAAAGUUUUGCUGAGGAAGAGGAAGAUGUCACAGGGCCCAAGGAGAGCCCCAAUGAGCCCCAAAGGGUUCAACAGGAUCCUAGUGUAGACAAAUUCCUGAAGGAAGCAACUAGAGCUCCAUUGACUCUUUCACAAUCCCCACUGGGACCUCUUACUACCAGAGCACCCUCCCCACUUAAAGACGACAGAUUGUUCGAGAAGUGGAUAGAGGAGACUCCUAGUCCUCCAGCCGACCAAAGAGGGAUAACAGCUCCUUUUCCACAGGGAGUUGAAACUCCAGGAGGCACAGCUCUUGCCCACAAGGCUGAACACUGUAACACAGAAGGUGUGCUUCCACCGGCUGCAGAACGGUCUCCUCCAUUGGCUCAGUCAUGCCGUUCUUUUGAGGGCGUUGCCAGUUCUCCGGCAGAUCAGUCUUUAUCUCGGGAUGCCCAUCUUGUACCCCAGGAUGGCACAUUGCCUUCUCAGAAUGAAAUUUCAGAGACUGUAGAAAAAGUUGUUCUUCCCUCCAAACCAGCAACGACUGAUGUAAACGCUGCGUUACAGAGGCUACUUAGAGAAGCAGGAGGUGCGAAAGCCCAACUUCCGGGAAGAGGGCAAACAGGUGGACCUUCCUGUUCUCAGAGAGUGAGCCCGCUGUGGGCUGCUACAGAUGCUGUUGUUCCAAAUAAGGAGGACUUCCAUUCUCACUGCACAGUUCCUGAUACAACUCAUGGAGAUGGAUCUUCCUUAUCUGCCGGAAUGUCGCCAUCAGCAUACGUCAUUAGGUCGCCUGCUUCUACGGCAACUCAGUAUGGCCAAGAGCUACUCCCGGAAGUGGCAGAGACAGUGAGGGAAACGGUUAUUCAGCCCAAGUUAGAGUGCCCUCAAUUUAGGGCUGGCUUGGAAAAACUAUUGCGGGAAACACUGGAAACUUCCCUGUCAAAAGAUGAAAAGGAUACAGUGACUAUUUCUCCAUCCGCUCUAACAGGUAGUUGUGAGGUGUCCCCUCAACUCGCUUCUGAAUUCCAUUCUACAGAAAUACAAGAAACUGUAGAGAAGGCUGAGGCUCCCUCAGUAACUGAGAGUACAUUUGAUGCUGGUUUUGAGAAACUUCUUAAAGAGAUGUCUGAAGGGCCUUGUCAGCUCCAGUUGUCGGCCAAAGGAGACACUUUGGAGAAGCUGCCUUCACAGGCAGAACAAGGCAGACUCUUGGCGGAAACACCCAAUCUUUGCUGGGAUGCCUGGGAAGCCUCUAGAACGAAGGUUAAAGUCAUCCCGUGUGAUAAACUCGUAGGAGGAGAUGAAGCUGUGACUAGUCCGUCAGUACAUGUUCAGGGUUGCACAAGUGGGGAUGGGGUCCCUGAACACUCACAACUUUAUGAAGAGCAUGAAAUAGCGACCAUUGAGACUGCACGAUUUGUAGACAGGGACAGAGAAAGGGUUAUUGUAGGAGGAACAUGGGCUCCUCAGGAACCAGGUUUUCAAGAACCUUCUAAAGAAAUGGGUGUGUCUGAAAAUAAGCAAUCCAUUGCUCUCCUGGAAACAAAAGGAAAACGUACAAAAACGAGUAAAGUUAAACUGGUACCAGCAGCACUGCAUAAGAGACAAGAGAAAGAACAAGGUGGUCCCGAGGCAUCCCCGGAGUCUGAGCUUUCAGACAGGAACACCAGUUCAAACGGGGAGAGCUGGAGAGAUUACUCCAGUUCAGAAGAAGAACACAGUCCUGUUUUGAAAACUUUGGAAAGGAGUGCUGCUAGGAAAAUGCCUUCCAAAAGUCUAGAAGACAUUUCAUCAGAUUCAUCAAAUCAAGCAAAAGUAGAUAAUCUGCCUGAAGAAUUAGUGCGUAGUGCUGAAGAUGAUCAGAAAGCAGACCAGGAGCCACAUACAAAUGAAUGUGUCCCAGGAAUUUCCACAGCACCUUCGGCGCCUGAUAAUCAGUUUUCCCACCCUGACAAACUCAAAAGGAUGAGCAAGUCCGUUCCAACAUCUCUCCAAGAUGAGAGUGAUGACAGAGAAACAGAUACAGCAUCAGAGAGCAGCUACCAGCUCAGGAGAUACAAGAAGAGCCCCAGCUCAUUAACCAAUCUUAGCAGCUCCUCUGGCAUGACGUCCUUGUCCUCUGUCAGUGGCAGUGUCAUGAGCGUUUACAGCGGAGACUUUGGCAACCUAGAAGUGAAAGGAAGUGUUCAGUUUGCGAUCGACUACGUGGAGUCCCUGAAAGAGCUGCAUGUCUUUGUGGCCCAAUGUAAGGACUUAGCAGCAGCGGACGCUAAAAAGCAUCGCUCAGACCCGUAUGUGAAGACCUAUCUGUUACCAGACAAAGGCAAAAUGGGCAAGAAGAAGACCCUUGUGGUGAAGAAGACCCUGAAUCCCGUGUACAAUGAGAUAUUGCGGUAUAAAAUUGAAAAGCAGCUUUUAAAGACACAGAAGUUGAACCUGUCUGUUUGGCAUCGAGAUACAUUUAAGCGCAACAGCUUUCUGGGGGAGGUGGAGCUUGACUUGGAAUCAUGGGACUGGGACAGCAAACAGAACAAACAGCUGAAGUGGUACCCUCUGAAGAGGAAGACAGCACCAGUGGCCCUUGAGACAGAAAACAGAGGGGAAAUGAAGCUAGCUCUCCAGUACAUCCCAGAGCCAACCCCUGGCAAAAAGCUUCCUACAACUGGAGAAGUCCACAUCUGGGUGAAGGAAUGCCUUGAGCUGCCACUGCUGAGGGGGAGCCACCUAAACUCUUUUGUUAAAUGUACCAUCCUUCCAGACACCAGUAGGAAAAGUCGCCAGAAGACAAGAGCUGUAGGGAAAACCACCAACCCGGUCUUCAACCAUACCAUGGUGUAUGAUGGCUUCAGGCCUGAAGAUCUGACGGAGGCCUGUGUAGAGCUCACAGUCUGGGACCAUUACAAGCUAACUAACCAGUUUCUGGGAGGUCUCCGGAUCGGCUUCGGAACAGGGAAAAGCUAUGGGACUGAAGUAGAUUGGAUGGACUCUACUUCCGAGGAAGUUGCUCUCUGGGAGAAGAUGGUAAAUUCUCCCAACACUUGGGUUGAAACAACACUGCCCCUCAGAAUGCUUCUGAUUGCCAAGAUUUCCAAAUGACCUGAGUCAGCUGAUGCCACCACCACUCCCCAGGUGUCCAACUUUGAGGACAAAUACCCUCACGUGUUGUCGCUAGUGACGACCAUGCAAGCAUGCCCAAGUUAAUCUGCAUGCAUUUCUUUGAUUGCACAGAGGGUUGACUGCAUGGCUCAAGAUAGUUAAACAGUUACAAGAGGUGUCCCCAACAAGAGGUGUGAUGCCAACAUUCAGGAAGAUAGUUGGGCACACAAGGAGAAUUGAACUGUUGCUUCCACACCAAAGAAAAAGCUACCCUAGCAUGUUUCAUACCACAAUCUUGUGUUGCAGUUCAUGCCUGGCACUUGGUUAUUAAAAUGCUUGCUGGGCAUAUAAAUAGCAAGGCUGUGGGCAAAGUGACAGAAAGAUACUCCUGGGACAGGACAGAGAGGGAGAACAAUAAAACUACAUAAGAUGACAACUAUUUACUUGUUAGUCUCUAAUAAAACAUUGAUUCCAUCUUAGGGUGGUAAGACUGAUUUUACUGCCCAUAAAUCUGCCUUGAAAACCCCCACCCUCCACCACCCCCACCACCACC